AUGCCCUCUGCACUCCUUGGAUCAGACCCCUUAGAUGUGCACACUACACCAAACAACCUAGAUAGUUCGGCGGCACAGUUCGAUAAACAGUCUGCACCUGUAAAGUGUACGCCCAUGAGUGAAUUGGAAAAGCCUCGUCUUCAGAAAGACUUGAAGUUAUCGAAUAAAACAGUUAAAGUAUACAUUGGGCUGAGAGACAGUUCUUCCGACGGAAAACGGCGAGCGCCUGCUGCGGUUGUGUACUUACCACAGGAUGUUUCGGCGCACUACCAGCUCUCGAAACAACCAGAGCCGUUUGGCCACUUGGUGUCCCCCUCUCAUAUGAGCACAUUUCCAACACAAACAGACCAUGUCGCUACACAGGGUGUGAGUCAAUUAGUGCAGUCCACUUCAAACAACACGUCCUCUGAUGUUAAUCCUUACUGGAAGGUACCGUCCGCAACCCUGCGAGGUGCUGGACGCCCACUUGUGAAAGGGCGCAACAAACAAGAUCUCAGAAGCAGAUCUAGAGCAAAACCAGAAUUGCUCGGAGCUCAAAUGCGUAUUCCUCAUGGUCGACAGUAUAACAUCAACCGAUAA